AUGACGCGCCCCGGACUCGUUAGAGCUGACACAAUCGAUCUCCAAAACCAAGACGCCCCUACCACCCAAGACCACCACUCGACCUCGCUCCAACCUUCAGACGUCGGCAAACACCAGGCCUUGGAAAUCCGUCAUGUUCGCGAAGAAAGACACGAAGAGGAGGAACAUCUGCAUGAUGCUUGGAGUCGCGCUCACAAUGACUUGGAAGUCAAUGAGUUGACCGACGACCAACUACAAGCCCACAAUCAUGAAAACGGCGACUCGACCGACGACUCUGAGCUGGACGACGACAUGCUCGACGAUCGCAUUUCCAGCUCUCCCUCUAUCGACGAUGGUGCGUACUCUGCUGUUGCUGCAAACCCUUGGCCAUGCCGCUCUUCCUCUUUAACGCCUCCCCGCCAAACACUCAACUGUGCGGCAAUUGACUCUCCCGACUCGUCACCCUUUGUUCUUACUCCUACACACUUUCCUCUGCACAUCAUGCCGGCUGCAGCCUCGACAGCUUCGCCUGCCUCGUCUCUGCAGNUCGUCUUCUCCUUUAUGCUUUCCCCAAAGCAUUUACCACUGCCGGCUUCCCCUCUCUCCGGACGUCAUCAUCAUACUGGUGAGUAUCAUGGUGGGUAUCUCGACGACAACGACAAAAACAAGGACCACGACCACGAUCAAUGGACGAAUGAAUGUCACGACGACCUGGACCAAGAGCCAUUGAGGUCACAAAAUGAGUAUCUGGAAUACAAUUUCUCGCAUGGUAGAUCCGUCGAGGACCUUACAGCGAUACCCGAGGAGGACGACGAAGAUGUAUCGGACAUGGACGGUUUGUAUCUUUACGAUGGGAGACCGUCACCCGGCUUGACAGCUACCUCAAGGACUGCAUCGCCUUCCUCUUGGAGCACCGUGAGCGACGCCUCUGAUACUUCAAUCUUGGAAGACCUGGAAGCACAAAACAAACAUGAUGAUGAUGAUGACCUGGAUAUUUCCUUUUAUUCUGAUGAACGCUUUGUUGAUUCUGGUUGGGGCGGCGAAUGCUUACGUGAAACAGAGGACAUCGAUUUCGACUUCGUCUACGCUCUGCACACCUUCGUAGCCACGGUCGAAGGCCAGGCCAAUGCCGGAAAGGGUGACACCAUGGUCCUACUUGAUGAUAGCAACAGCUACUGGUGGCUGGUUAGAAUCGUAAAGGACAAUAGCAUUGGUUAUCUCCCUGCCGAACACAUCGAAACUCCGACAGAACGCCUGGCGCGUCUGAACAAGCACAGAAAUGUUGAUGUGAGCAUCUCGAUCACUGCUACACAGAUUUUUACUGACAUGAGUAAAAAGCUAUCUGCUGCAAUGCUCGGAGACACUGCCAAUGACUCANAAAACCCACUGAAAAAGGCUAUGAAGCGACGCAAGGCAAAGACGGUACAAUUCACCGCCCCUACCUAUGUUGAAGCGUCCGACUACGACUACUCGUCUGAUGAAGAGGAUGCUAUGAUGCCCGAACCUCUAUACGGUAAUGGCAAUCAACAAGAUCAGCACGAAGACUCCAAAUCUGCCGAAGAAAAGUCAUCAGACAUUAAUACGACUGUGGUCGAGGUUGCCAGGGCCGACAGCCCUGAUUUGGCGAGUCCGGGCAAAGACAUCAAAGCUCCUGUUGAAGAACCGCUUAGUAGUCCCACUUUGGUUGACAAAACAGGUAUCGUUCACAGCUUCUUUGAACCCAUCCACGCCAUACUGACUUGGUCANCAGAAGCAGCACCGCUCAAGUCAUCCAGAAAGGGGACACCACGAAAUGCCGAUUCUUUCCUCAAAGACGACGGGGCAGAACCUCUCAAAAUCUCUCUCACACCUAAUUUACUGCGGGACAACAGUAACGGAAGUCGAUCCCUGGAAAGUACCAGCUCCAGCAUGGAAGGCCUUGAAAAGACGGCUUCUCCGCCAGAAAAGUCCAAAGACGACAAGAAAAAGAAGGAAAAGAAGCCAGGCAUGCUUAGCGGUCUGUUCAAGAGCAAGAAGAAGGACAAGCGAAACAAGAAUUCGGUUGACGAGGACAGUGACAUUGAAAAGUUGUCAAGUGAGCUUGCUAGGCAAUCCACGUCGUCCGACUCUAACAAAGGAUCGCCCAUCGAGCGCUCUACCCAGUUUGCGGCCACGGAACCCAAAUCUAAGGGCAAGUUACAGAAACCGCAGGUCGGGGGAGCCAAUGUCGCUCCUGUCGCUCCUCUGGCCUUCACUCCUGCACCAAAAUCAGCACCGGCACCAGCUCCUGCUCCUAUCCUUGCUCCUGUCGCGACUCCCGCUCCUCUUCAAUUGUCGUCUGCCGCACCUACCUUACAACGUCGGCAAGACGAACAACCAUCCUCAGAAUUCGUUGCCGAGCUCGAGGGAUCGAUUGUUGACACUCCUCCACAACGCAAUGUUGACUUGCGCCAGCAAGAGCAAAGAAUCCCCAGCGAAACUCUGCUUGGCUCGCAUAUGCUUUCGUCAAUCACGAACAAGAUACGACACUCGGAUCCUCAAGAAAACAUCAAGCCACAGAAGGUCAAGGUGAAGAAGGCCAAGGCUCGAGUGGAACUUGACGAUUUCGAUGAGAUUAGUGAUGACGAGGAACACAAGGAGAACCAAGCUAAGGAGUAUGAGGAUGGCCCUAGUGACGCAUUCAUGCAUGGCACUGAGAUGGUGCAUAUUCCUAUAAACCUCGGAGACGACUCUUCAUCGCCAGACGAUGCGACCGAAGAAAGAGGCGGCGAGCAAAGCUCACAACGCACCAGUUCACCAAGUAUAAUCGGCACACCCAAAGCCUCUCUGGAUGGAAACCCUCGCACCCAAUCCGAAAAACACACUCAACAUGUACCUUCAACUUCAUCCACCACAGACGACGACGAAACCACUCCUCUAGCUUCAAAACGCGUCAGCACAGUUUCCACACCCCAAAACCUACCUCCCCACCGCCGUGCGCCAUCACCCCCUCACCGUGCCUCCUCCACCACACCAUCCAAUACCUCUUCAACCUCACCUGCCUCGGCUCCAUCCCCUGCAUCGACAGCCCACUCACAACUGUGGUCAGAUGCUAGUCUACGCGCUUGGCUGGACGGAGCAGAAAACGAUGUCAGGGAUAUGCUAGUCAUUAUCCAUGAUAAAACUGCUGUGAAGCCUGUGGAUAGGAGCCAUCCUUUGAUGGUUGAUUUGUUCAAGAAUGAGAGUAGAACGUUGGCGGGUUUGCAGGUCGAACUUGAUGGGUUGCUGGGUGGGCUUUUGAAGUCGAGGAGGAAGAAUGGGGUUGUUUCUGACUAA